GGCUCGCGAAGGAGACGGCGGUAUUUCACGCAUGCACGCAGAGCUCGCGACCGGAAGUCAGUCGGCGGUCCGUUUCCUGUCUAGAGGUCCGCUUCCUGUCUAGAGGUCCGCUCAGCUACAUCACAUCAUAAUGCCAAAAUCAAAGGAAGUGCUGUCUUCCACAUCUGGAAGUGACUCUGACAGUGAAGUAGAGACCAAGGCAAAGCGAAAGAAGUCAAGUGUACCAGAGAAACCAGUCAAGAAACCAAAGAGCGGAGAGAGUUCCAAGCCCGGUGGCUCAUCCAAGGGCAACAGCAAAGGAGACGACAACAUGUUCCAGAUUGGAAAGAUGAGGUAUGUCAGCGUGAGGGACUUCAAAGGGAAAGUCCUGAUUGACAUCAGAGAGUACUGGAUGAAUCAAGAUGGGGAGAUGAAGCCGGGGAAAAAAGGCAUCUCCCUGAAUCCUGAACAAUGGAACCAACUGAAGGACCAGAUCUCAGACAUUGAUGACGCCAUGAAGAGAAUAUAAUAAGCAUUCCCUUUAUUCAGUGUACCUGUUGAACUAAUUAUGUAAAAUUAGCUUGUCGGUUUUGUAAAACACCUUGAUGGUUUUCUUAUGAACUCGUUUAGUUUUGUGGUUGUAUAGAUCUAGUGUUGUCUGCAUACUCUGGUGUUCUGUGUGAAGCUGGUUGAUUAAAGGUGUGGGUGGAA